AGCAGGAUCAGCUCUCAGCUGUCAGAGAGCUCCAGACUGCAACAGAGCAGCUAGGUUGUGAUCUGCUGCAUCAGCACCGCUCCAGACUUUAACAUCAGAAGGAUUUUUGUUUCUCCUUCAUGAGGAGGACGGAUCGGAGAGGAGUGAACUACAGCUGAGAGCCUGAGCUGUCCUUCUUCCUGCUCUUUGUUUUCAACCAGCAGAAUCUCUGGUAGCCAAAACAAGGCGGAUCAUCACAACAAGACGAGCUCAGCAACAUCCUGCAAUCCUAGAACAACAUCCUGGGACUUUCUAUCUGACUGCAUCGUGUUCCUGGAGGAUAGGGGCCCCCACCACAGCAAGUGUGCGUGACUGAGAAGGCUAAUGCCCGCGGUAGUGUGGUCAGAGGAGGAUGAGUCCGGCUGUGGAGGCUCAGGCCCAGGAGGCCAUGGAUGCAGAGCAGAAGCAGAAGCAGCUGCAGCAGCGGCAGUGCUACAUGGAGAAAGGGGUGAUGCUUGAGCCCUUUGUGCACCAGGUGGGGGGGCAUUCCUGCGUUCUGCGCUUUGGAGAGCAGACAAUCUGCAAGCCCCUCAUCCCCCGUGAGCACCAGUUCUAUAAAAGUCUUCCUGCUGCAAUGAGGAAAUUUACCCCCCAGUACAGAGGUGUGGUGUCCGUAAGCUUCGAGGAAGAUGACCAAGGGAAUCUUUGCCUCAUCGCCUACCCCCUUCACGGUGACCCAGCACCAGAUCUAGAAGACCACUCAGCAGACUGUGAUUCCAAGAGUAAGAUGAUCAAAUGGGGACAGAUGGUGACAUCAUCGUUGCACAUGGACAGUGAACAUUACAGCAAAGACGGCAGAAGUCGCCACAUCCGUAAAGAUAAGGAAAAUAGUGGCCACAAGCUGCAGGACGACAUGGAGCUAGAGCGGCGGCAGAAGGCUGAAGUGCUGCACUACAGACUGGAGCACAGUCACAGUAAAACCAGCCCACAGCUCAAACACAACCCCUGGAGCCUCAAGUGUCACCAGCAGCACCUGCAGCGCAUGAAGGAGAAUGCUAAGCACCGCAACCAAUACAAAUUCAUCUUAUUAGAGAACCUGACCUGGAGGCACUCGGUGCCGUGUGUGCUGGACCUGAAGAUGGGCACACGGCAGCACGGCGACGACGCUUCAGAGGAGAAGAAGGCCAUGCAGAUACGCAAGUGCCAGCAGAGUACGUCAGCAUUAAUAGGGGUCCGCCUCUGUGGCAUGCAGGUGUACCACUCUGACACCACUCAACUCAUGUUCAUGAACAAGUACCAUGGCCGCAAGCUGACCCUGCUCGGUUUCAAAGAGGCCUUGUUCCAGUUCUUCCACAGCGGGCGGCGCCUGCGACACGAGCUGCUGUCUCCGGUGCUGAGCAGACUCCGAGAGAUGCAAGCUGCCCUGGAAGCCUGCGAGUCGUACCGCUUUUAUUCCAGCUCCCUGCUCAUCAUCUACGAUGGAGCAUCACACAGAAAACACACACGCCGACGCACCCAAGACGGGCUCUCUGAAGAUGAAGAGGAGGAGGACGAUGAGGAGGAGGUGGAAACCGAACCUAACAUGGAUGAGGAGGAGGAUGAAGAGGAGGAAGUGGCAGGUGCACUUGGCUUUCCUCAUAGCCCCUCCACAUCCAGCGAUAGCUGCAACAGCAGUGGGAGCUCGGGUAUGGGCCAGUCGCGAUCGGACCCCUGCAGUUCUGCGGUGGACGUCAGAAUGAUUGACUUUGCUCACACCACCUGCAGACAUUACAGAGAGGACAGUGUGGUCCACGAGGGCCAGGACAGCGGAUACAUCUUUGGUCUCCAGAACCUGAUCACCAUCAUCUCUGAGCUGGAGAACCAGAGCGCAGACUGAGCGGACACAAAAGCACACAGACUCAAACACUGAAGCACUUAACUCUCAGAGCAUUGCAGGAACAGACGAGCAGACUGCAAACGGAACAGAUUUCUACUUGUGGCUUCAGCUGUUUUUUGAUGCCUCCCUGUUUCCACCAUCAGUGCUCUUCUCUGUUUUUGUUCAUGUCUGAAACAAACUUCACAAAACACAAAGCAGCCACCCGAGGGAACAGUGCAAAGAUUCAUCCAGCAUUCUGUUUAUGAACUAUGAAGGACAAGGGUAGGCCGCAAAUAAAAGCAAUUCAAGUUUGGGACAGAAGGUUUUUUUGUGUCAGAUUUCCAAAGAAAGUGUAGUUCUGCUCAUGGGAACAUUCUGGAAGAUCUUCUGCAGACUGAGACAGGGCUGUUAAAGGCAGGGACGCUCUUCACCAUGCCGUCAUUCGUCUGUUUGUCUCCUAAAUCCAUGUAAUUCUCAGAGAUAGAGUUAUUUAUUUCAUUUGUUUCAUAAAAUAAAAACGCUGAACGAGAGUAGUACAUUCCAUAUUAUUAUCAUGCCAGUAAACAUAUUAAUUAUAAUGGGUUUUUUGACAAGUUGGAUACCUAUCCUGUUUAUCUGUGUGGUCCACGAUUUGUGGAAGGGAAAUUAAAAUCUUUGUGGUAACAUCAA